CUUUUUUCUGGAAAGACAUUGCCUUAUAUUUUUAGUUCAUUUACUAGUCCUCUCUCUCUUCCCCUAUUCCUCAGGACAUAUAAUAAUUGCAAAAGGGUUCCCAGCUUGCUAGCUAGGACAUAAACAAUCCAGAAGAAAUGGUGUUUACUGCUGCAGGAGGAGGCGAUGGUGGUUGGGCAGACGUGAGGAGCUUCGCUCUCCAAGUGCUCAGGGGGCGUUGGCUCAUGGUGUUUGCAACAUUUAUACUGAUGUCCGUCUCCGGCGCGAGCUACUCGUUCGGCCUUUACUCCAACGAUAUCAAAUCCACACUCGGCUACGACCAAUCCACUCUCAAUUUGCUUAGCUUCUUCAAGGACUUGGGCUCCAACAUCGGAGUCGUUUCAGGCCUAAUAAACGAGAUCACACCCCCCUGGGUUGUCUUAUCUGUGGGUGCAGCUUUCAAUUUCUGUGGGUACUUUAUGCUAUGGCUCGCCGUAACCCAAAAAAUUGCUCGGCCCAAAGUCUGGCAUAUGUGCUUCUACAUCUUCAUCGGGGCUAAUUCCCAUACCUUCACCAACACUGGAGCCCUCAUCACCGGCGUUAAGAACUUCCCAGAAAGCCGUGGCGUCGUGAUCGGCGUGAAUGAAGGUUAUAUCAGUCUGAGUACUGCAAUUAUCACGCAGUUUUACCACGCCUUCUAUGGCAACGACACCAAAUCUUUGAUUUUUCUAAUGGCUUCUCUUCCUAUGGCUGUAUCGUUCGUUUUUAUUCGAGUCAUCAGAAUAAUUAAGGGUGUUCGGCAGCCUAACGAGGCCAAAGUUUUCUAUAAGUUCCUCUAUAUUUCACUCAGUCUUGCUGGGUUUUUGUUGAUUAUGAUCAUCGUACAGAAGAAUGUCAAAUUUACGAAAAGCGCAUACGGUGGUAGUGUUGCCGUUGUGCUUUUCUUGCUCUUUCUCCCACUUGCUGUCGUUAUUAAGCAAGAGUAUAUGCUUUGGAAGAGCAGUAACAAAGUUAUCAAUGAUCGUUCACCGUCUACGAGAACGUCUGAGAUUGAGAAACAAAACCCUGAGACACCUCCAUCUGCAAAAGCACUACCGUUUACUUCGCCAACCUUUUCGCCUCCCAACCCAAGUGCAGAAAAUCAAGAUUCAUGCUGGAAAACCAUGUUUCAGAAGGUAGACAGAGGGGAGGACCACACCAUACUCCAAGCGGUUUUCAGCAUCGAUAUGUUCCUGCUGUUCUUGGCUACAACUUGCGUCCUGGGCACAUUAACGGUGAUGGACAACUUGGGACAGAUCGGACUUUCCUUCGGAUAUUCGCGUGCAGAUAUCAGCAUGUUCGCGUCCCUUAUUAGCAUAUGGAUAUACUUCGGAAAGAUCGUCGGAGGUGUGGUGUCUGAAAUCCUUUUAACCAAGUACAAGUUCCCUCGUACUCUCAUGCUCACUCUAGUCCUUUUAUUAUCAUGUGUUGGGUUUCUUCUGAUCGCAUUCAGCGCUCCAUACGCACUUUACAUUUCAUCAGUCAUAAUUGGGUUAUGUUUUGGAUCACAAUGGCCUCUAAUUUUCGCCAUAAUCUCUGAACUUUUUGGCCUUAAGUACUACUCCACUCUGUACAAUUUCGGGGUAGUGGCUAGCCCAGUUGGGUCCUUUUUGCUCAAUGUGAAGACAACAGGGUAUUUAUACGAUAGGGAGGCUAAGAAGCAACUGGCAGCGUUGGGGCUCGAGAGAAAGCCUGGGGAGGAACUAAAUUGUGUAGGGGGUGAUUGCUUUAAACUGCCUUUCAUUCUUAUUACUGCCGUGACCUUGUUUGGGGCGCUUCUUUCGCUUAUUUUGGUGCUUAGGACUUCAAACUUUUAUAAGGGUGACAUCUAUAAGAAGUUCCGAGAACAGGUAAAAGCGGCCGAGAGCGGACAGGCGAUGGCGGACGACAAUGGAGCUGGAUUGUCAAAGGUGAACGAAAGCCAGAAUACUGUCUAAAAAGGGCGGUUUGAUAGAUCCAGACAAGUAAGAAAGAUGAAAGUCCUACCGUUAAACUCCAUAUCCAUUAUCCGAUAACAAUAAGAUUCUCGUCUAUUUUCUUAGCAAUUAUAUUCUCUCUACUUUGAUAUUGACUUGUGAAAAUCAAAAUAAAAUGAGGUGUGUAUUGUUUGU